CUGAGGUAUAUAUACGGUGACAAUCCUGACGCUGCGGGAUUACGUAUGCACACACACAGAUCCGUCCAUGACCCGGGACAGACCUCUGCUCGGACUUCAACAGUGAUUCUCCUGAACCUGGCGGCUAAAUUCCCUUCACUUGUGAGCCAACAUGGCAGCAGGCAUCAUCAGAAACUUCCUGGUCCAGACCCCGACUCCAGUCUACUUCCCCCUGAUUUUCCAGCACUCUCCGUGCAAGGGAGGCGAAGAGGAGAUGCUGGAGGAGACGCCAGAGAAGAGAGAGGACGAGGAGGAAGAGGAGGAGGAAGAGGAUGAAGAAUCUGAAGCUCAGGAGGAAGAGGAGGAAUGUCUAGAGGAGGUUUUUUUAAACCCCGCCCACUACGCUUUGGAUGUGACGAAGCAGCUGCUGAGGUUCGCGGAUCUCAUCAGCCGAGACGUCCAGCGGUAUUUUGGUCGCUGCUCUGGUGACCAAGAAGCUUGUGACAUCUACAGCGACUCGGUCUCCGUCACGACCAGCGGGCGACUGCGUUACUACGACGACCUGCUGAAAAUCGCAAGAGCAGGAAGUCCAGAGGAGGAGAGCGGCUCUGUGACUUGUGCUGAUGGUCAAGGAGUCAGCGGUUUGGGGCCCCUGGCCGAACUGUUCGACCACAGGGGCCCGAGUCAGGGCCGCAGCCGGCCCAUGAUCAAGCGCCAUCUCCCGCUCAGUUUCUGGACCGAGCCGAUCCCCUGCUGCUCUCUGGUCGGUUUCAGUAACACACCCGACGCCGCUCACACGGGCAGCGAGACGCCCUCACAUGACGGCACACACACAGACGCUCACACACACCUGCACUACAACCCACUGCCGCACAACGCACACGGCCUCGACAGCACUCAGCCGGACUUCAGUGACUUGUUGGCGAACUGGGAUCCGAACCCGGAGCUCACACACACGCUGACGGAGCACACACACAUGCAGCACUAAACACAGCAGCCUGCUGAAGAGGAAAAAAACUUUGUUCAUGUUAUUUUUAACUUUGAUAGAUGCUUGAAAAAAGUUGAAUCAAAAAAAGAAGAAAAAAAUAAACAAUUAAGCAUGUGUUGUUCAUCUGGCUGUCAUUCAUAUGACGUUUUGUUUUAAAGGGUCAGUUCACCUAAAUUACAAAAACGUACUUUCUUUCUUAUCCCUGGUGUCCACACAGACAGGGUUGUUUUAGACUAUUCAGGUUUCAAUAUUAUUUAUUUAGCUGUGUUAACAAAACUGAAUACAAAUAGCAUUUAAAUACUUGAACAGCAACUUGCCUUUACACAAACAGUGUCCCAGUUAGUCUGAAUAACCCACCGACCUAAAUCCCUGAAUAAACGAAGAUGCAAAUAUGUUUCAUUUCAUAAGUUUAACUGCUGGAUGUCUCCUCAUCACUGUGAGGAGGAUUGGCUUCCGAUAUAUUUGUAAUGUUACAGAUCACGCACCAGUUAAAUCAUCUCUUCACACAAGCUGAUUUGGGUUCUGUUGUUUGUUUGUUUGAAAAUAACCCUCACGAAAUUAAAAAAGGCUCCGCAACAGAUGCUAAAGGGACCUCUUUCACCCUCAACUGUACAAACUGUAUCUCACACUUAUAUUUGAAUAUCUACAUUUCCACAUCAACUGGACAAACUCCAUCUGCUGAGAGAAAACAGGGCAAUGCGACUGAAAGCAGUAACUUGACCCUUUGUGAUGAGACUAUUUUGUCAACUAUUUUUCAAUGUUUUGAGCAGCACGAAUAAAAUCAAUCUGACAAAAAUGUGUUUCUGAGUCGGGGGCGGUUGAGGCAGACAUCUAAAAAACACAAGCUGUUAAUUUUGUGUAAACGGACCCUUUAAAACAUGCAACCAUCUGUCGGCCAACAUGUACCAUGAACUGACUGACAGCUCAUCUCUAAAGAGCCCUCAGGCUUUUCAGAUAGACUGUGGUUUGGGCGGGAUGCUAAAAGGGGAUAUGGAGGGAGGAGGGAGUGUUUGCUGUAGUUUGAGUAAACAGAAACAGCUAUACAACCGUGAAGAGUGGAGAAUAGAGAGCUAGAAAUCUUCAGAACUAGUUGUGCUAUCACUCUUUUUAGGUAAAUGAGGGUCUGAUAAGGCCCACAGGGAGAAGAUUGAGGAAAAAAUUAAAGCAGCAAACACACACACACACAUGUACAUGCUAACAUCUGGUGGCUGACGCAGUCUGGAAACUGAGGACAAAAUGAGGAAAAGAAUAAAGACAAAUAAGAAUACGGGCGUAGGUGAGAUUAAGACGUGUACAAUGCUGAACUCUUAACAGUGGGAUCAGCCAGGUUUCCCCAAUUCUGUAUCUACAGGGCAACGCUUGAUUGGUUAAGACUGGGAAGAGUCCCCAGCAGGCGUGCAGUGUGAUUGGAUGAGCGGGAAGGCCAGUAACAUUUCGACACACACUCCCCAUCUUAGAUACAUAAAAAGUGCAAACUGUCAGUGACACAUGUAUUGUGGGUUU